ACCACCUUGACGCCAUCCUUUAUCAACCGUCUUUUUCCGCUUUUCUUUCAAUCUUCCAUCAACCUUCCACCGAAUUGAGCAUACCACACACAUCAUGUCCGUCACGACCAAAGCAACAAUCGCCUCGUUCGGCGGCAAGCUCCUCAAGCUCAGCCACGCCGCCACCGCGACACGAUGUGAGAUGGGCUUCAACCUCUACCUGCCCCCGCAGGCUGCGUCCCAGAAGGUCCCGGUUUUGAUCUACCUGUCUGGCCUUACCUGCACAGCCGACAAUUGCUCCGAGAAAGGUUUCUUCCAGCACGGCGCAAGCAAGAAGGGUAUUGCCGUGUUGUACCCUGACACUAGCCCGCGUGGACUCAACAUUGAGGGAGAAAACGAUAGCUGGGACUUUGGUACCGGUGCUGGCUUCUACGUGGAUGCCAUCAAGGCCCCCUACAACAAUGGAUACAACAUGUACACCUACGUGACUGAAGAGCUGCCCAAGACUGUCUUUGAGGCUUUCCCUCAGCUGGACUCUAGUCGUGUCAGUAUCACCGGUCACAGUAUGGGUGGUCACGGUGCUCUCACAUUGUUCCUCCGUAACCCCGGCAAAUACAAGUCCGUUUCCGCAUUUGCUCCCAUCUCCAACCCAAUCAACUGCCCCUGGGGCCAGAAGGCGUUUGGCGGAUACUUUGGCGACGACCAGCAGGCCAAGUGGAAGGAACACGAUGCCUCAGAGUUGGUUAAGAAGUGGAACGGCCGUUUGGACGUGCUGAUUGACGUGGGAACUGGCGACAACUUCUACAAGCAAGGCCAACUUCUCCCAGAGAACUUCGAAAAGGCCGCCAAGGACGCCGGCGUCGAGGGCGUCAAUGUCCGCUACCAGCCCGACUACGACCACAGCUACUACACUAUGGCCAGUUUUGCGGAUGAUCAUAUUGAGCAUGCGGCCAAGUAUCUUCUUGCAUAGUGCGUUUUCUCUGUAUUUUCAAUUUUCCUUUACGGCACUUGGCCCUUUCAUAGACAUAUAUAUUAAAAAUGUUACCUGUUUUUUUUCUUAUGAAUUGAUCCAUUUCUGAUAUCUGUCAAAGCAAUCAUCAGGCCUCCAAACUUUAAUGAUAUAUGGAUAUCAAAAAUUUCAAAUAUUCGUGCCUUUUGAAAAGCUGUAUCUGGAC